UUAUGAGCGGAGAUCAGAUGCCAGACGUCCGAGGCACAUGACAAACAUGAUAAAUUUUUCGUCCGGUUGGUGGAUUUAAUCCAAUUUUGCUCUCAAACCUGACGUCGGCUUUGAAGUUUGUGGUGAAUUCACCAGAAUGGUCAGCCUUGGAGAUGGAAGGAACGGUGGGAGACAAGAAGGGGGGUUUUUCUUCAACGAGCGUGAGCCGAGCAUUGUACAGUCUCCUGAAGAAGAUGAACUGUUGAUAACACAGCAUCUACAGGCAGAGGAGGAGCCAAAUUAUAAGCAAUGCAACACCGUAUGGGUGGCGGUUUGCCAAAUGAUAUUAAUUAUUGUUUACUUAUCUGCGUCCGUCGUCCUGCCCUACGGAAUCGAACCCAAAAUCAGCCACAAUUCGACGGAGGUACAGUUGGAGGAAUCCUUUACCUACAUUGCAUUCAGCCAGCCAUGUGUCUGGCUGCUCCUUCUGGUUGCUGACCGAUACCUCCAGUACAAGCACACACUGCUGAGACGACACGGGUACCUAGACUUCACACAGAAGACCAGAUACCUGCGCAGAACGGCCGAGUUUAUGUUUUCGCUCGGUAAUGCUACCAUGUUGGUUGUCGUCAUGUUACGUUACACGAUCAUGACCCAGAUGAACAUCAUUAGGCCAGUUGGGACGACUUCAAUUCACGGCGUCAACUAUCAAGAAAUGAUCAUCGGCAUCGAGUCAAUAAUAGCCCUGUUCUGCUGUGGCAGAUACGCAAUGUUAGUUUGCAAGUUCAACAAAGCAAAACUCCCACCGGACGCUGAACAUGAAGAGCAGAUGAUUGCCGUCAUGCAACCCAGCACCCACUUGCCAGAUAUAGGUUAUAGGGACAGUCAGUAUGUCGAUGCACUCCUGGAGCGACAGGCGGACAUGAUCCGCUACCUGAAGCACCACACGGAGUAUCUCAGCAAACGCAUCCUGAAGUUGAGGGCGCUCCAAAACGACGGGCGAUUAAUGGGCAGCGUGCAGGUAUAGAACUCGGAAGGGCAAAAAAAAACCCAGCUAAGUGAAUUUGGAAAGGUAAACCUUAAAAAGUUGAAUUGUACGACUAUAAAUGAUGUGAGAAAAAACUUUAACUUACUUCCUUGUUCAUUAAUUGAAACAGACCAUUAUCCUGCCUAAAAUAAGCCAAUAUUUCCCUUUGAACCGACACCAACUAGGUUCAGCAAGAUGAUACAUGUAUAUCAGCUUGAACCUCGUAAAUCUUAUUUUUACCAUUAGCACUUGUUUUACAUUUUUUUACAUUGUAUUUACUUCUUGGUUUAUUGGUGAAACGGUAAGGUGCUAGGAUGGCUUAGGCUGGUAUAACCCUAACCCUCCGGGGCAUUUUGGCUAGAAACCCUGCUACAGCAACGGGCAACACUUGUUGAAAAGACAAGCCUGCCCAGUGCAGAAAGAUCCAUCAGGUCAAAAGUCUCAAGGCGGAACUGCCUCAGAGUCUGUGGUCAGCGAAUGCAGCAGAAUAUAACUUGUGGCAUCCUUCAAUGGGAUAUGAGCUCUCAUCGUCUCAGAAGUGGCUGUUCAUGCAUUGGUGUUUAUAGCUGAAUGCACAAAGUCCGACAGACUUUUAAACCUGAUGCGCUGUGUUGCAGUCUUGCGGGGCAACAGGCAGGGCGGUUUUGGGCAGUACAGGGAUUAAUGGGUUGAAUCAAUUAUUUGGUGCUCUAAACUGUAUCAUCCCUGAAAUUUUCUAAAUCCACAUUUGGGAUUUGUUGGGAUUUUUGACGAAUUUGGGACCGUAAACCCAAGGCACUAUUACUUGACAGGAGGCUUGAUCCAACCUUGCAGAGUGCAACGAAUUGGACAUUUGUUUUCUGUGUUGAUUUUUUUCCAGAUUUAUUAUUUGGAUGACUUUCCAUUUUUGAUAAAAGGUAAAAGAUUAUGCCGAACAGGGUUUCGCCGGAGUAGUAAAACGUGUGUUUGUUUUCUCAGUUUGUUCACAGUAAUGAUGUUUGGGAAAAUGAGUCGCCCUCAAAAAAAAUAAUAAUGAUAAUAAAACAAAAAUAAAACUACAAAGGCGGUAUUAUUGAGAAUGGAGGGUAGAACAUGUAAGGCUCUUCAUAUCCUGAUAUUGUAUGUACAAAACUACAAAAUUGUGAAACAUCUGUAAUAAAAAUAAGACAAAGUAAGUCUAGUAAAGCUGUUGCCAGAGGGCACAAAAUUCUUUUCAAUUCUUUUCAAACGUUUGUAGAAUAAGUUGUAGUUGUAAUGGAAACGAAACAGUCCACUUUCGCCGUUUGUAUGGAGACUUGACUUAUUGCCUACACGUGUAACAUGAAAGUACAUGAGAAAGUGGACCCGGACUAGUUUACAUAAAACCAUAUAAAUGCAUGCUGAAAGUUUGCCCUUUAUAACUUUUAGGUUUUUUUGUUGUAAAUGUAGUAGCAUCCUUUAAAAAAAAAAAAACCACUGCAGUCUUGCAGUGUGUUAAAACGGUAUUGGAUGUUUAAUGUCUGCCAUACUGUGUAUGAUGUGGCAUUACAAUGAAUUGAAUGUAAAGACUUACAGAUUUCGUAAUUUAACUGGCUUGGUUUAAAAAAAAAAAAAAAACAAGAGUUUGCUGAAACAUAUGUAGGGCCUGCUCAAAAAUAAGCUUAACUUCUUUUUGUAUAGCCAUAUAACUUUUACAUCAAAUGUUUUGUGUUUUGAGGAUUUCAUGUCUGUCGUUGGGAAAAGCAGUUGUUUGUCCAAAUCUUGUAAUGUGAUUUAUGUGACUUGUGUUUAUAUGAGUUAAUAAUAUAAAAUAAAUUAUGUAGUACAACUACACGGAG